GGCAACAAUACUUCCUGCCUUUUAACGAGUUGUGUUAUCCAAAAAUUCCGUUUGUAAAAACAGUGCUGGUUUCGAGUGUGGCGAGUGUUUCUGAGACUAUUGCUUUGAAUUUAAAAAAUUCGUUCAUUGUGAUGUGCGGAUAAUUCCUCGAGACUGCUACCGAAAUCUGAUUUUUUUGGAACUUUAAAUAACAGAGAAAGAGCGCGCGAUGUUGCUGUCGUAUGUAAUUGGAUUUCUGUUAACCAUCACUACAGAUAGUAUUAUACAAGCCAACGGGAUGCGUCAGUCAUCAACAAACGUGUGCAUGACGGAUCUUUGCCAACAAAUUGCCCGUGAAACCAUCUCCAGCAUGGAUGAAACUUUUGAUCCGUGCGUGGAUUUCUACGCCUACGCUUGUAACCGUUGGAAUAGCAGCAAUGGUCUGGCGAAUGAAGUGAUCGCUCCCAUGAUUCGCGAACAGCUACAAGAACUGUUCGACAGCGGAAAUUACACCAACCCCACGGAGAAAAAGGCAAUCGACGUUUAUGACCAGUGCAUCAGCCAGAAGCGAGGACACUCAUCCGGCGGCGGAAGUCUUGUGCGCGUUCUCGAUGACGUAAUGGGUGGAUGGUCGCUGUUGAAAGACCACUACAAUGUCUCUUCUUUUCGUCUGGACGACACUCUUGUCCGCCUGCAGCAGAACGACAUUCGGACCUUUAGCGAUCUUACCGUAAACAGGAACGAAUUUUCUAGCGAGGAGAAUAUCCUGUUCUUUACACCUCCUAGUCGCCUCUUUGGACGAUGGAGGCUUGGUUCACUGAUCAACGCCCAUUACAAGCCCACUGUUCGCAACGCGACUGCGCAACUAAUGAAGAUAUGGUCGCCGGUCGUGCUGCGCUUACUAAUAGAGGCUAAUACAAACGUCCAUCGGCCAACUGUGGAAAAGAGACUGGAGAAAGCUCUUAUGUUGGAUGUUACGCUGGCAAAGGGGUCAACAGAACUAGUACUCCAUCGAAAGCGUUUAACCUUCGGGGAUCUGAAAAGACCACCAUUCCGUUCGCGAUUUCUUGCAAAUUUCUUGUCUCUGUUUAACACCAUGCUUAAAGCAUCUUCGGUGGAAUUUCAUGCCACGCCGGCCACGCAGUUCGGGGUCCAGCCUCAGCUGGAGUAUCUCAUCAAUCUGGAUCACACUAUGGCGCAGCUGGAAUGCGAAGGCGAUGCGGGAUUGGCGACACUUGUUGAUUGGCUCUGGUGGACCGCUCUCUAUCACCUUGUAUAUCGAGAAACGGGCACCUGUGUAGAGCUGGUAAAAGCGGCCAUGCCGUUGACCGUCUCAGGAAUGUUUUCAAGACAUACAUACCGAGAGGAGCCGUUCAAGAGGCAAAACUGCUGACAGCCGAAAUUGCCAAUAGUGUUCGUGACGCAGUCCUCCUUAAUACUGACUGGAUGGACCGGGAUUCACAGGAGUUCGCCAUGACUAGGCUAAAUCAUACGCUGCGGAAUGUUGGUUAUCCCGAGGAGUUCCUGGGCGACUGGAGGCUCAUUGAUGACCUCUACGCAAAGGUUCAAGUGGGAGUAAAAUUCUAUGACACACUGCGCACUAUCGAUCAAAGCAACAGCUGGAUUAACCUGCAAAAACUUUCCCGCACCAACGCCCGGAAUGAUCCCUAUUUUCCGCCUGAUUUGACGUCAGUAAACGCCAAGGUGUAUCCGGACAGCAAUUACAUAGUCAUUCCAGCAGCACUCCUACAGCCACCCAUGUUCUACGCAAACAGCUGCGAAAUUGUUAAUUACGCUCGCUUAGAUGGCAUAUUUUUUAACUGGUGGACGAAUGCGACUCGAAACAAAUACAAUGCAAAAAAGUAUACUUUGGUCGAUUUCUACAACAGCAUCAGCACGAAGAACGACAGCAUCGAUGGCCGACAAACUCUCAGCGAGAACACUGCCGACAACGGCGGAUACCGAGCUGCUUAUUUAGCUUACCAUAAUUUUUUGCACCGCACUGGAUACCGCAUCAAACUACCGGGGUUAGAAGCGUUUACUGAGGAUCAGCUAUUUUGGUUAAUCGGGGCUCAGACAUGGUGCAUCCGUAAAGAAGCUCCUUUCGAUGCAGUGCACGCACCGUUCCGAUACCGUGUAAUGGGGCCGUACAUGAAUAGCGCGAAUUUCAGUGCAGCUUACAACUGUCCGCUGGGAUCCCCGAUGAAUCCGCGAAUUAAGGCGUGGUAGAGACGAUAUCAAAUUUAGAGGCGGUUUUAACUGUUACCGGGGAAAUUAGCACUGUGUAGUGACGAGGGUGAUAAAAUAAUGUUAUUACUGUAAAGACCAGUGAAUGCUGCUGCGCAUCUCUGAAUGAGGUGAACAUCGGGCAAAGCUUGAACAAUAUACCGAAUGUGUCAUUUAUGUUAAGUCAUUUAUGUUAAGUUGCGAAACAUGUAUUGUUUGGCAGGUAUAAUUCGCAACUGCCAUUUGGUGCCUCUUCCUUCGUCGCAAUUGCUAAGCAA